CCUAAGAGGCGUACCCACGCGCAAUACAGUAGCCAAUCGGACCGCGCGGGAGGCGGAGCCUUUGAAUCCAGAAUCAUCGUCCAUAGCCACACGUGACGCGCUGUAGUCGCAGGCGGAGUGCAGCAUCAGUGAGCACGGACUAUGGAGCUGAAGAUGCGGUUAUGUGUGGCGCUGCUCUCUCUGAGUCUGUGUCUGCUCCUCAUGGGUCAUGUGAGGGCGCAGGAGGAGGCCGAUGAGGUGGAGAUGGACGUGGAGGAUUCCAUCGAUGACAUGCAGGAGGAUGAUGUAGAGGAAGAGGAACAAAAAGCCCCCUCUCCACCACCUGUACCCACGGUGACGUAUAAAGCUCCGGAGCCGAUGGGAGAGCACUACUUCGCUGAGUCAUUUGAUAAAGGAACACUUCAGGGGUGGGUUUUAUCUCAGGCCAAGAAGGACGGCAUUGAUGAGGAAAUUGCAAAGUAUGAUGGUAAAUGGGAGGUUGAGGAGAUGCAGAACACUAAACUCCCCGGAGAUAAAGGUCUAGUGUUGAAAUCCAAAGCCAAGCAUCAUGCCAUCUCUGGUCUCCUGCUGCGACCUUUCACCUUUGACACCAAACCACUCAUCGUCCAGUAUGAGGUGAACUUCCAGACCGGCAUUGACUGCGGCGGCGCUUAUGUUAAACUGCUGUCUCAGACCCCUGAUCUGGACCUGGCGGAGUUUGUGGAUAAAACUCCAUACACCAUCAUGUUUGGACCCGAUAAGUGUGGUGAGGAUUACAAACUGCACUUCAUCUUUAGACACAAGAACCCAAAAACCGGCGAGUUUGAGGAGAAGCACGCUAAGAAGCCUGACGCAGACCUCCGCACGUACUACACCGACAAGAAGACUCACCUCUACACACUGGUGUUGAACCCUGAUAACAGUUUCGAGAUCCUGAUCGACCAGACGGUGGUGAACAGCGGCAAUCUCUUGAAUGACAUGACUCCCCCCGUCAACCCCCCGGCCGAGAUUGAGGACCCCGAUGACCACAAACCAGAGGACUGGGACGAGAGACCCAAGAUCCAGGACCCAGACGCCGUCAAACCCGAGGACUGGGAUGAAGAUGCUCCCGCUAAGAUCGCUGAUGAAGACGCUGUGAAACCUGACGGCUGGUUGGACGAUGAGCCGGAGUACAUCAGCGACCCCGAUGCCCUCAAGCCAGAGGACUGGGAUGAGGAUAUGGAUGGCGAGUGGGAAGCUCCUCAGAUCCCCAAUCCCGUGUGUGAGACGGCACCCGGCUGUGGGCCGUGGGAGAGGCCGAUGAUCGACAACCCCAACUACAAGGGCAAGUGGAAGCCACCGAUGAUUGACAACCCUAAUUAUCAGGGAGUGUGGAAGCCCAGGAAGAUCCCGAACCCAGACUUCUUUGAGGACCUGCACCCGUUCCGCAUGACUUCAUUCAGCGCCGUCGGUCUGGAGCUCUGGUCCAUGUCUUCCGACAUCUUCUUCGACAACUUCUUCAUCACCUCUGAUCGUACUGUGGCCGAGCGAUGGGCGGCUGAUAGCUGGGGUCUGAAGAAAGCCGCUGAGGGAGCCGCGGAGCCUGGUCUGAUGAAUCAGAUGAUAACAGCUGCUGAAGAGAGACCGUGGCUCUGGAUCGUCUACGUCCUGACCGUGGCUCUUCCUGUGGUGCUCAUCAUCGUCUUCUGCUGCACUGGAAAGAAGAGCUCAGCGCCCACAGCUGCUGCUGAAUACAAGAAGACGGACGAACCGCAGCCAGACGUGAAGGAUCAAGCUGAGGAAGAGGAACCCAAGGAGGACGAGCCAGAUGCAAAGAAGAGUGAAGAAGAGGACUCGACAGGAGAAGCAGAAGAAGGAGAAGGAGAAGGAGAAGGAGAGGAGGCCGCCGAGAGCGACCACAAAGACGACAGCACAUCUAAUGAGAAAUCAGAGGACGACAUCCUGAGAAGGUCUCCCAGAAACAGGAAAGCGAGAAAGGACUGAUGGACUUCCUGAAUCUGUUUCAAGUGCAAAAGUCCUCAAGCGUAUGCCAACAUCCCUCUCCUGCUCCGUCUUUCCUCCUCCCCUCACUCCUUCCCCGGCGAUGGUCGGACGGUCCGCCACAUGACCAACAGCGAAUCAGACGCCUCCUCGAGCGCUCUUGAGGAUGCUGAUGGUUGUCACGAUGACCAUUGAAUAGCAUAGAAACUUUCUCCGUAACUAAAAAGGAAACGCAAUCUUUGUUAUCAUUCCUGAACUGAUCAUCCGACGCUCGUGUAAAGAUCCCGUUCCCCCUCUCGGCUGUCUCACACACACACACACACACACACACACACACACACUUCCAGACAGUGUUCCUGAACCCUAACAUAUGACAACACUAUGGCACACUUGGUAUUGUAAGGUUUACAGGCCAACAGCUUUAUUCCUUUGUUCUAGAAUUACUCGAGAAGCCAUAGAAGGUCAGCUGAUUGAUCAGAUACAUUCAUUAUAAUGAUAUAAACUUUAAAAUGGCCGCUUGACAGCUUAGAUUCACACCUAGGUUUUAACAAAUAUAAAUGAGAUGUUUUCUAUUCCAUUUCAUCAUGGCGUCAGUAGAAGGCCGAACCGGCCGGACGAGCCGCACGCGCUCAGUGAGGUAUCCAGGGAGAACGCCAGAUAGAUUCGUAGCUUCUAGUGUACUGCCUUACUUGUAGGACACAAGAUUUGCUAAUAUUUUUUUCUGUGAAUGUACUGUGAGUUUUGUCUAAUACAUUUGUUUGUUUGUUAUUGUUUUUGCUAUUCAAAUGGACUUUUUACUAAAUCAUGGAUUGCUGUACAGAUGUUUUCUCUGGUCUUGAACUGUUCUAACCUGUCCAGCCCAAUAACAGGUGUUUAUCUUCUCACUGUGAUGUCAUAUCCUGUCCAGCAGCAGUAGCGGCUUCCUCUUUCAUUGAACCAAUCACAUUCACACCACAUGAGGACUAAGUGACCGUUUAAUCUUGUUUCCAAUUCAAAUGUUUGAGGGUGAAUCCACUUAAAUAUGCUUCAUUUUUUCAUGCAAAAUGUAUUUUAUUUUGCUUUUCCAAUAAAGUAUGGCAUGAGUGUGUAAAUUAAGUGAGAUUCACCCUUGAUUCUCUGUUUUCUAGUUAGUGUCACUCAAAGAAAACAUGAAGAAAUGUCCUGGGUGUAAAGCAAACCGUUGAAUUAUUCCCUCAACCAUUUCACAUUGACUCCGCCCCUAAAAACUUGACCCCAAAGAUACGAAAAAGGCACUAUUAGGGGCUGACCCUGAUCUGAAGUCAGCUAGCGCGUAUUGUAUCGCUAGUAUUCUUAAAGUUACUUGUUAAUACUCUCAGUAUGGCGAACUGUUCCUAUCCCAUCGAAACGGUCAUGUGAGAUGCCAUAACGUGAGCUCUACCCCGAGACUAAUGAAGAGUUGGCACUUUCAAAGGUAACUGAGAACAAAAAAAAAAAAAAAAGAAAAUCACAUGACAUACGAGCCAAUAUCUGCUGCUCUGCUGUAUUAAUAUCUUUCUCUGAUGGGCAUCAUCUCCAACUAUAAAUGUCCUGUCUGUGUACACCUGUGAUUUGGGCUGUUUCUUCUUUCUUUUCUGUUUUUCUUUGUCUUUUGGAUUACUAUUGUUUCACAAAUGUAGGUGAUUGAUAGUGUGGAUGGAUAGAAGGAUGGAGAACCAAUGGAUUGUGUGAUUUACUGGCAUCAUUGAAGUUGUGAAAUUGAGAUCACGAGUCUGGAUGAUGAUUCUGGUCUUGCUGGGAUGGUUUGGGGAAAAUCCAUCAUGUUACUCACAAACUAAAAUAAACUGAUUUGAAGAACGA